UCCCCUGUCCUCAUUGGUCUAGCCAUAUCUCCUUAUCCAAUCCCAAAUCUUCACCACCCACAUCAAAUCCUUCAAACUCUCCCACAAUAGCCUUCCCCAUAUCCAUAACCUAAAAAACAAGUUUGUACCACACCACAACCCUCAGUCUCUUCUCUCUCCCCCCUGCCCUAAGUCAUGGCCAUGGCAACUCAAGCCACCCUCUUCACCCCAACUGCCUCAGCCCCAUGGAAACAGUCAGUCACCUCCACCUUCAUGGCCCCCAAGUCACUGACCCUCUCCACUGUGGCAUCAAGACCCAUGAGGAUCUCAGCUGCUGAAGAGAAAACCGUGGCGCCCACAAAGGAGGCCGAAGCUCCAGUUGGCUUCACCCCACCGGAACUGGACCCAACAACCCCAUCCCCAAUCUUCGGCGGCAGCACCGGUGGGCUUCUCCGCAAGGCACAGGAAGAAGAGUUCUACGUGAUCACAUGGGAAUCUCCCAAGGAGCAAAUCUUUGAGAUGCCUACUGGUGGUGCAGCCAUCAUGAGAGAAGGACCUAACUUGUUGAAGCUGGCCAGGAAAGAGCAGUGUUUGGCUCUUGGGACAAGACUGAGGUCCAAGUACAAGAUCAAGUACCAGUUUUACAGGGUCUUCCCUAAUGGUGAGGUUCAGUAUUUGCACCCAAAAGAUGGUGUGUACCCUGAGAAGGUGAACCCUGGGCGCCAAGGAGUGGGGCAGAACUUCAGGUCCAUUGGGAAGAAUGUGAGCCCAAUUGAGGUCAAGUUCACCGGGAAGCAAGUGUAUGACAUAUGAUUGUGAUCACCAGUUCGUUCAAUUUGGUGUAAUUUGUAAUGUACUUGUGACUACUUGUGAGUAUAAUCAAUUUGUGUUUCUUGUAAUCUUCUUAUGGGAUUUAUCUAAGAUGCAACACCAGAAAUUCAGAAACAUGAUUUGGGUAUUGUCAUUUGCCAUAUAUAGAUUCAAUCAAAUUUACAUGACUCGGGCAUCGACUAUCAAGCAUGUAAAUGUUCAGAAUACU